AUGGGAAUCAAAUCAACAUGGAAGGCAGCAGCCUUGCUAACUUGGCUUCUUGCUGCAGAUAGUGUAUACUGUUUGCCGAACGCUGGUGUUGGUGCCGUGGCAGAAGAAAUUCUCCAAAGAACAGCUACCCAGCCCGUGUCGGCUUUUGAAACACAGUAUCCUCCAUCGAACGCGGAAGAGAGAAUAUUGAUCCCGAAAGCCUCGCCUGUUUAUCGCGUGGCGUUGGAAAAGGACGGUCAUCCAUCGAAGUUUCCCUUCCCGGGGCUUGACAUUGGUCGUUUCCUCGACGGUAUCACUGGAUUGCUGCCGACCCACAAACACAAACACAAGGUUGCUACCACAACAGCUAACUCUGUGGCGGAAGCACCUACGGAAGCACCUACGGAAGCACCCAAGCAAGCACCCAAGGCAGCACCCAAGGAAACACACAAGGAAACACACAAGGAAACACACAAGGAAACACACAAGGAAACACACAAGGAAACACACAAGGAAACACAGACUAAGAAAACCACGAAAGUUCAUAUUCCCACAGGCGCAACUGACUCGCCUCGUGCAACUGAUCCGCCUGGCACAACUGAUCUGCCUGGUACGACUGCUCUGCCAAGUACAGCUGAUUUGCCCGAUUCAACUGAUUUGCCUGGUCCGUCCGGUCAUCCUUCCGGCAUGGACAGUCAAGAUAUCUUUCAGCCGGUCGCGACUGGAGCGCCUCCGGCCAACAUCAAAAGCCGUGAUGACCACCCCGUGGCCAACAAACAUGCCAAUACUUCAGAGCCGAUUGAGACCAACAAGUUCUACGCAGGAUUGUUCUUGGGGACGCAGACCAAUGCUAGCUUCACCCAGCCUUACUCUCUUGGGUGGUCGAGGGGGGCCGGCACUUUGAAGAGUUGGGGCAUUUCAGCGACCCACAUUGAGACCAAUGUGAUGGCCUUCGGCCCUAAGAAUGACAAGAUUCCUGGCUCGCCUGUUGAGUAUUACAUCAACCCUGUUGGACUUCAGCAUAUGAUCCUCUCUGCCUAUGAGCUAGAUGGGUCAAGCGUUCUCACUGUCGAAGAUCCCAAGGCAUUCUCUGCCCAUGCCGUACUGCGACGAUCCCCCGGAUCCGACAAGUCAAUCACUUUCCCAAUUACUCAGGGCAUGGGCUACAUCACUGGUGUAUACAAUGACCUCGAGCCGCUGAUUGAGAGUGGUGUGUUUUUCCGCAAGGUGGUCAAUGCCGGAUCUCCCAAACCAGGAAUUUUCAAAUACCAGGUCAUCCUUGAGGAUGACACCCAUUGGGUUCUCUAUGCCACCCCGGAGGAUGGUCAAGAUCCCCAACUCAAGCUGGUCACGCAGUCUAGCAUCCGUGGUCCGAAGGGAUUCAUUGGUACCAUCCAGGUCGCCAAGAACCCCGCAGGGAAGUCCGGCGAGAAGUUUUACGACAAUUCUGCUGGUGUUUAUGCCGUUGAUGGCCACAUCACAGGCUCCGUCACUGGUGACGUCGGAACGUACAGCCUUUCGUGGACCAAGGCCGGAAAACACGCACACAAGAGCCCGCUCAUCACCUUCGCCUUGCCACACCAUGUCCAGUCUUUUGAUAGCAGCACGAAAGCUCGUGUGACUAAUAUCCAUAUGCGAAGCACGACCAAGGGUAAUGCAACUGCAGUGAUUGGUGAGACUUGGACCAUGACCGAGGCAAAUCUUCCAGUCGACAUUGAUUUUGCGCCCUGGUCCACCACUGAUGGAACUGUCGACACACUUUCUGAGACCGCCCGACAAGUUAUUUUGGAAGUCGCGCCUACCGAGCUGCAGCAAGAUAUUAGUGCCCAAUCUGAUCUUAAUAGUAUGUACUACAGUGGCAAGGCAUUAAGCAAAUUCGCGACUUUAAUCUACACUGUGAACCAGCUUGGUCAAGACUCUGAACUGGCUGCCGACGCCUUGCAAAACUUGACAAAGAGCUUUGCCCGCUUUGUGCAGAAUGAGCAGCAAUUCCCUCUGGCCUACGAUGCUGUUUGGAAGGGUGCUGUUUCCACAGCUGGUUAUGCUGGAGACCUGAACGCUGACUUCGGAAACACUGCCUAUAAUGACCACCAUUUCCAUUAUGGGUACUUCAUUCACGCUGCUGCGAUCAUUGGUGCUCUUGAUCCAAGCUGGCUUGCAGAGAAUAAGGACUGGGUUAAUAUGCUUGUUCGUGAUGCGGGUAACUCCGUGCAAGAUGAUUCCUAUUUUCCUUUCUCACGUGGCUUUGACUGGUUCAACGGCCACUCCUGGGCGAAGGGUCUGUUCGAGUCAUAUGAUGGCAAGGACCAGGAGUCUACCUCGGAAGAUACUCUGUUCGCAUACGCUGUGAAGAUGUGGGGACGUACCACUGGCGAUGCCAGCAUGGAGGCCCGUGGAAACAUGAUGCUGGGCAUCAUGCGACGAAGCCUCGACAACUACUUCCUGAUGCAGGACAACAACACCAACCAGCCAGCGAACUUUAUUGCCAACAGGGUGACCGGAAUUCUAUUUGAGAACAAGGUCGACCACACCACUUACUUCGGAAACAACCUCGAAUUCAUUCAAGGAAUUCACAUGUUGCCUCUCCUCCCACACUCUGGCUAUAUUCGUCAACGUAGCUUUGUGACACAGGAAUGGAAAGAUAUGUUUUCCGCCACUGCUUCGACCCCAGCCUCCAAAGUAGAGGGUGGCUGGAAGGGUGUUCUGUAUGCCAACUUGGCUCUCAUUGAUCCGGCUGCAGCCUGGGAGUUCUUCUCACAGGACGACUUUGACUACAGCUGGAUUGAUGGAGGUGCAUCACGAACCUGGUAUCUCGCUUACGCUGCAGGCCUUGGCGGAAGCCCGUAG